AUUGUUUUUGCGGGAAUAUAUAUAUGACGCUUUGCCAGUUAAAACAUUAACCGUUUAUCAUUUCAAAGAAUAUUUUUGCUAAAGUGUUGUACUUAUAUACAAGAAGUCACAGUAGGACACAUAAGUAAUUGGAUAAAGGUCGUUUCCAUCCUCGAAAUAAAAUAACGGUCUUCAGUAAAGAAUAUAACUUUGUAAUGUAUCAAAACAAAUGGGAAGCUGGUUUGUUUAACGAAAUGGAAUAGUUAUUAUUACUGAACAACCGAAUGUCGAGCGAUUAUCAUUCAGAACAAACUAUACUAUUGUGAACAUGAAGUUUUGAAGGUUAUACACUGCACUACAGUUCUACAUCCAUAUAACAGAAUAAUGAGUCUUUUUUGAUAACGCAAAGCUCGAUAUUUUAUUAACUAAACUGUGUAAAAUAUCAAUGGAAAGAUGCCGCAUCCUUGUGUUGUUUGUGGUCGUUCACGUAUGAAUCCAAAUAAUAGAGUGGAGGAGUACAUAUUUUUUGGAUUUCCUGUUAACGAUGAGCCUCGAUGCAAAAAGUGGUUGGAAUUUUGCUGUAGAGAGGAACUUUAUAAGCUGUCCAAAAAACAAUUACUUCAAAGAAUGGUUUGCUCUAAACAUUUUCUUUUCUCUGAUUUUGUAAAUGAUUUUUACGAUAGACUGAAUAGCACUGCUGUUCCUAAACUGUACGACCCUAAGCAAAGCUUGUAUAAUAUUAGUUGUGUACUGUGUGGUCGUUUUCGAAAGGACCCACCUGAUGCUGAUGAUGAUGGAGCAACUUUCCAUCACUUUCCAGGAGAAGAAUUUCGAUGUUUAAAGUGGUUAGACUUUGUUGGGGUUGAUUCUUAUUAUAGGCUCACGAGAAAAGAAAUCAUGUUUUGUUAUAUUUGCUCUAAGCAUUUUAAAAAAAAUCAAUUUGUGCCUGGAUUUAAUAAUAGAUUGAUUGAUGAUGCUGUACCAAGCAUCAAGAAUCCUGAUGAGAAUGAAGAUAAUGAAAAUUCAAGUCUAGUCUCAGAGCCUACAGAUGAUGUAGAAUUAUUCAACUAUUGCCCAAAAGAAGUAAGUCCAAUAAAUCCUCUACCAAUAGCUGUUUUAGAAAGUCGAGCAUGCGCAGCUUGUGGACGUUUAAGAUCGGAUCCAAAGAAUAAAAUACAGAAGUUUAAGUUUCAUCCUUUUCCUGCAUAUGAGAUUGGAAGAUGCUUGAAGUGGUGUAAAUUUUUAGGCAGAGAAGACAUCUUGAAAAUGUCUCCUAAUCAGAUUCGUAGACUGGUUUUAUGCUCAGGGCAUUUUCAAAUUGGUCAAAAUUUUAAUGGUAAUGGCCCAUGUGAUGCUGUUCCUACUAUUCAUGAGGACAAUAAUGGCUUUGAAGUUGUUAUAGUUUCUGAAGACACUCACUUGGCAGAUGGAGAAGAGAACAAGGUAGUGAGAGCUUCUGUAUCAAGUAAAAAACCAAAGCAAGAUCCAUUAAAUAAGCCAGCACCACUAGCAAAGAAAAGAGGCAAAUCGAAAAGACCAACUUGUAUCAACAUCCCUAAAGCAGAUCCAAAAGUAGAAGGCUUUACUGUGAAGAAACUACCUAUUCCUACAACCAGCAAUUGGAAAUUGAUUGCCAAUCAAUUUCAACCAAUCACUGUAUCCAACAACUUAGUUACUACACCGGAAAUAAAGAAAGUCAUUUUACCAUUCACUGGAGAUAUUUCAAAAUUGGGAGCUCCUAUUCCAGUUAACAGUUUGGCUAGUAUACCUCCAGGAUUGCUUAUAAAAAUUAAUCUGCCAGAUCAGGACAAAACUUCUGUAAAACCCGUUAAGAAAACAAAAAGAAAGGGCAUGCAACAAGAUCAAACUGAAUUUAUUAAAUAUAAUUUUGUAAAAAGUAACAUAAAAACUGGACUUGUACAAAAUGGCUUUGUUGAAAGUGUACCUACAAACGAUCCCUCUGAGGAAAUAGAAGAAGUAGAAGGUAUGGAGACAUUCAAAGAGAAAAUGUAUGUGGAUAACUUUGAAGAAAAAGAAUCAGACUUGGUGGAUGAGCAGUCAUUUUACAAAGAACAAGAGGAAGAUAUGAUUGUGGAAGAAACACAGCCAAAACUAAAAAUGUCAGCAAGAUGUAGAAGGACACUAAUACCAAUACAGUGCGAAUUAAGGCGUUUUUUAAACAAACUUAAACCUCAUGUUAAAAGACUACCUAAAAAAUCUAAAGCACAGGUCAAACUUGCCAUUGUUAACAUGGUUAUUGAUAGGUUGUGAAAAAUACUCUUGACUAUAGUGACAUAGAAAAAGAAAACUAUAAAUUAUUAAAUUUUAGAAAAUGCAUAAAAAAAAUAUUUCAGAACAAAAAAUAAUUUAUAAAUUUUUGAUAAAGAUUUUGUAGACAUAAGUAUGUAGAUAUUUAUGUUACAUGAUUGUUUAUGAUUAGUAAAGCUUUUAAUUACUUUAUUAUGAUACUGUAAAUACAUAAAAGUCUGACUACAAGUCAAGCACUAAUGUUAAUAGGCUGUACAUAACUUGAUAUUAUUUAAAAAAAAGUAAAUGAAAUGAGGUUAUUAACUAUUUAAGGAGUUGAUUCAUUUUAUAAUUUUGUAAAAUCAUAUAAAAUUUCCAACUACAAUUGUAUUAUUACAAUUAAGAAACAAAGUCCUUUAUAAUAAAGUGAAUAAGUUAAAUUUUUCAAAUUUUCAACAUGAUUAUACUUUAUAAGUUAAUAUAUUACCUCCAAAACUUUGUUAUUAAAUUGUAUUUCACAUCCUGAUGUGAAAUACUCAAAGAAUGUUGUUCGAAUAAAAGAAAUAAA